AUGGCUUCUAGUUCUUUCUCUAGUAUCAUGGCUUCUCAAGAUGCUAAGAGUWGCAACUAUGAUGUCUAUCUAAGUUUUAGAGGCAAAGAUACUCGUUAUUCUUUUACAGACCAUCUUUACAACUCACUAAAACAAGCUGGAAUUCAUGCUUUUAGGGAUAGUGAUGAUAUUGAUAGAGGUGAAGAACUAAAGCCGGAAAUCAAGAAAGCAAUCAAAGCAUCAAAGGCUUCAAUAAUUGUGAUCUCAAAAAACUAUGCAACUUCUACAUGGUGCCUUGAUGAGCUUUCGUUGAUUCUCUUGCAAAGGAGUGAGACCAAUCAUUUUGUCCUACCAGUUUUUUAUCAUGUUAACCCCACAGAUGUGAGGAAUCAAAAUAAAUCUUUCCAUAUAAAAGUUAAAACAUCUCCAAGGUGGACAUAUGAUAACGUGAAACGAUGGAAGAUAGCCCUCAGGAAGGUUGCUAAUAUCACUGGUUUGAUUCUUUCUGGGCAUGAGGUGGAGUUUUUGAAAGAUAUUGUUGAUACUGUUUACAAUAAACUUGAUCGCAGACAAAUUUAUCUUCCACCCAAUCUAAUUGGGAUGGAUGCUCGAUUUCAAGAGAUCAAUUCUUGGUUAUUACAACCCCAUGCCAACUUUUUAGCAAUUUGUGGCAUGGGAGGAAGUGGCAAGUYGACAUUGGCCCAGUACAUUGUCUAUUCCAAUUGGCAAAACUUUGAGAACAUCAGUAUUGUUGAAUGCAUUGGUAGUAGAUGUAAAGAAAGGCAUGAUUUGCUUGAGGUACAAGAAGAACUUCUCAAAGAUAUAUUAGGGGGAAAGAACAGAAGAAUACCAAGUGUUUGUCAGGGUACGUAUAAGAUUGAAGAAGUCUUACGAACAAAGAAGGCACUAAUUGUUCUCGAUGACAUCGUUGAAUCGAGCCAAUUGGUAACUUUACUUGGAACUGGGAAUAUUAACAAAGCAAGCAAGAUUAUAAUAACAACUAGAGACCAUAACAUAGGUACAUGGUUAAAGUCCAAAUAUUCUAGGAGGUAUCAUAAGUACARAAUGAAAUUGUUGGAUGAUGGCGAGUCACUAGAGCUUUUAAGUCUUCAUGCCUUUGGAUCCAAAAUUCCUGAGAUACAAUACGAGGAGUUUGCAAAAAAGGUAGUACARUAUUGUAAAGGGCAUCCGUUGGCUCUUGAAGUUUGGGGUUCCUCUAUGUCAGAACAUAAUAGCUUCUCAUCUUGGAGAAGUGCACUAAAUUUACUGGAAAAAGAUACUCCUCACARUAUUUACAGUGUACUUAAAAGGAGCUAUGACCUGUUACCAUUUAACUCUGACAGAGAAUUGUUUUUGCAUAUUGCUUGUUUCUUUGUUGGCAUGGACAAGGAUUAUGUGGUAACCAUAUUAGAGCCUGAUUACUCUGCAGAAUCUAGAAUCGAAACCCUGACCAAGAGAAGCCUUCUUUAUGUUACACCAAACAAUAAACUGAUGAUGCAUAUAUUGCUUCAAGAUAUGGGAAGAAGCAUAGUCAAACAAGAAUCACAGGUAAUUGCAGAACGUAGUAGAGUUUGGCGCAAUGAGGACUCAUAUGAAAUGUUGAGAAAUGGAAAGAGAGCAAGAAGAAUGAGAGGUUUGGCACUUGACAUUCAUAUGCUGAUGGAAAAGGAAGGGUUCAAUAAUGAACUCAUAAGGAAAUAUAUAAAAGAGUUGCAGCUAUGUUUUUUGCCUUAUCAACUUCAAGAGAUGGAUCAACUAGAAUUGCUCCAGAUCAAUUUUGUGCAAUUCCAACAAUUCACCAGGGAUUUUGCUAAAAAUUUAAGAUGGCUCUGUUGGGUUGGAUUCAACGAAAGAUCCAUGCCUGCCCACCUAUGCAUGGGAAACAUGGUCGCUUUAGAUAUGAGCUAUAGCUGCUUGGAAGAAUUUGAACCACCCAUGGUUCUUCAGUCACUCAAGAUUCUAAAUCUUAAAAGCUCCAGAUACCUAAAUAGGAUUCACAACAUCUCCCGACUUCCUAAUCUUGAGAGUUUGAUUCUUUGGAACUGUCACAGGUUGCAUUGUGUUUGUAAAACCAUUAAAUACCUUACUAGUCUUGAUCUAUUGGAUAUGAGAGGGUGUGAUGAGCUGCAAAGUUCCUUUUUAUUGCCAUGCUCAUUAGUGCGUUUAUUCCUCAAGGACUGCAAUUUUGGUCAUUACAAUGAUUCUACUCUUAGUUUCAAUGAUCAUUCAUUUUUGCAAUACUUGGAUCUAGGCAACAGUAUGUUGAAAGUCCUGCCUUCUUACAAUCAUCUAAAAAAUCUUCGAAUCCUGGACUUGAGCUUGUCCUCUAGACUUGAAUCAUUAUAUCUCCCAAGUACACUGGCAGAAUUGUACAYAUAUUAUUGUACGUCACUGGAGAAGGUAACCUUUGAAUCACAUAAAUUCACAUUGCAAGAGUUUGGCUACGAAGGUUGUAUUAAUUUGUCCGAAAUUGAAGGCUUUAUAAAAUUGGUACCAAUAGCCAAAUCUGAUGAAGCAGAUUUGGGACAUAUGAAGUGGCUAAAGGAAUAUCAAGAUCAUGAGAURUGCCUGGCUGGUGAUGAUGAGCUCAUGUCAGGCACAAGUUGUCAACUCCAGAUGUUGUACGAAUUUAAUAUAAUGAGCACAUCUCUGCCAGACAUUAAGAAUCCAAAGAUGACGGCUGAGUUUACAUCAGAAUCCUCAUCGUUUUCCUUUGAUGUGCCAYUGUUUCCCCAGAACAGGAUGCUGAAAGGACUAAACGUGACUUUCAGAUAUACAAUAUCCGGUGAGGAUUUGGCAUGGUUUGCUAAAAUCAGUACGAGCAAUGGUGUUGAUUUGAUGUACAACCCCAAAGUGUUUGGUAAACCAACAGUUGGUGAAAUUGCUAUAUGGUUAAGCUAUUGGCCAAUUGGGAGCAAAUUGCAUGUUGGAGACAAAAUCAAUGUGACUAUCAUAGUGAUGAAAGGAUUGGAGAUAUGCAAGUGUGGUGCAAGCCUUGUGUACGCUGAUGAUGAAGUAAUAAAUGAGACCAUGGAAAAUAACUUAGAGUGGGUAGAAAUUCUUGGAGGGAAUUAUUCUGGAUUUCAGCUAAGCACAGGAGCGUACUAUCUUUGCCGGCGUGAUUUCUUUCRGUUAAUGGAGGUAGACACAUUGACUUCUGGUUGGCUUAGCAUUUUGGUUGGUGAUCACACCAUUGAUGAUACAGAGGUACGAGGAUGGAGAAAGACCGGUAGACCUCAACAGUCAUAUCAAUCAUUUACAGAAUUGAAAAUUAUUAGAUGUAUCGUCUAUGGUCCUCAAUCGGUAAAUUUGUUAUUAGAGGAAAUUUACAAGAUUACAGCAAGGAUGCCUAGAUCUUUGCAUGAUAAAAGUGUGGAGUUCCCUAUCAAASUAGAGGAGGCAAUAGAAUUUGCCACUACAUUAUCUAAUGAUGCACAAAAAGARGCCAUGGAUAUGUCUGAAGCAUCUGUCAUCAAGGAAACUAUGGAAUUUACAUCAACCUCAUCACUCCAGCAGAAAAUGGAAUCWACSAMACCAAAGGCUCUAUUGGAUCAACCUCUAGUUGCAUCUCGUUCCUCUAGAAGAGUGCCUUCUCCAUGGGAAGUACGCAGAAGCUACGAAGUAAACGUUAACUUGAGUUCCAAAAAAAUUGACAAUGACUACUUUCAAGAUUAUCUUUGCGACGCGUUAGAUCUAGAAAAUUUUACGAUCAAGAGAGGGCAACCAAGUCAAGCCAAAGUUUCAAUUAUUGUAUUGUCAAAAGGUUAUGCAAGUUCCAGUCGGCACCUUGAUGAACUACUGAAGAUCCUCGACGAAAGGAGGAACUCUCUACAUUUUGUUUUACCUGUAUUUUAUCAUCUUGAACCCGCAUAUAUUAUAGAGCAUGGGAAAUCGUUGUUACAGACAGUCCAAGGAGCUGCAAAAUCAAUGCAAAAUGUAGAUAUGUGGCAUGCAGCCCUCAUGGAGGUUGCUAAUAUGUCUGGCAUCAGUUUCUCUAGAUGGUCCAGGAAUGAUGAUGACAGAGCUGGUAUCAUGGAGAUUAUUAGUAUUGUGUAUCAUGCACUCAGGCCCUAG